AUGUAUGAGAAGCUCGCCUCAGCCAAGACAAAUACUAUAAUUUUUGGAUUAAUUUUUGGGUUUUUCGGAUUGGGCCUGGACCGGACUAAGCCCGUUGGUCUAACAGGCCACCGAUCCCUGACAGGUCUUCAUCAACCAUGCGCCUAUGAUGUAAACGCUGAGGCCUUAAAAAUUAAAAUUCCAUCCAACUGGAAUCGAGAUUCGAGCAGAGCUCAAUUACAUCCCUCGAACUCACCAUUUCCUAGAAAUAACAGAGGCAUCGAACGGAAGAAAACAGAGAUUAUUGCCUUGUUUCUAUCGAAAUCUCGAAAGAGAAACGGAGAAACGAGAAUUCUUGUCCCAAUCCGAUGUCUAAACACUAAAUGCACGAUCAAGCCUCCCUCUAAUCUAAAUCCUCUAGUAGUUGCCUUCGCAGCAGUAAAAAUGUCCUACAUCUGUUGGGGAAGAGAGAAGUCACUCCCAGAACAAAAUAUGUGCCAAAAGAGCAGUGGAGAGAAGCACCUAAACAGAAUGCUGAUCCCUCAUCUGCACCGAAUAGUGAACCCAUUAGAGAUGCCAGACGUGGCCUUGUGUCAUGCAUUUACCAGGCAAGUAUUGUCUUCUGGUGCCUCCUCCAAGGUCAAAGAUUGCAGCAGCAUUUAGUCUUGAUGGAAGUACACUUGCUUCAACCCAGCAUAUAGAGUUUCUGAUAUCGAACUCGUGAGGGUACUUCUGCACUCUUCCUAGUGCAGAGGUGAGGUAAAUGUUGCGUGUUUUCAACUUUUUGGUGGAGGUCCUGUUUAUGGAAACAAGUACAAUGGUGCUCAGGGUGCCAAUUGCAGCACACCAAAUUAUUCCCCUGAACAAAACAUGGCUGAGUUAAAAUAGCAACCAAGGUUGCUCACAGUCUUUCUUUUUUGUUAUUCUGAAUCUGAUGACCAUCAUUUUACUAAACGAAUUGCCACUGAUACUGCACUGUAAUAUUAGUCUUAAACGGUGUCUACUGUUUUCUUUCUUUCAUGCCUCACGUCUUCUUGCUCCUUUUUCCUUUUGCAUUGGUUUUAUUGUAUGAACUAAAUAACUAGUCUAAGCUUAAGGAAGCUGAUGGGGCUGGAAGCCCUAGCCACUUACUCCAACUUGGCGAAGUUUUAAUUUGGUCGCUAACUCAUUAUGUGUCCAGAAAAUUUCUUCUUUUCCUAUUUGGU